CAAUACACUACACACUGAACCUAACCGUAUAAAAAUUAAUAUUUUUAGUGAAAUUUCAACUAAAAAAGCUGGAAUAAUCACAGAAAACAACACAAAAUGUCUUUGUUAACACGUUUAGUACCUGGUUUCUUACGCUCUGGAUCAAUGGCAAUGUGUGCACCUUCGACAUCAGUUGUUCCAGUGAUGAAUAUAACUCAAAGUUUAACUGAAACAGUUAAAUCAUUCGCAUUUUUUGGUCAGAGUAUUCGCACAGUGAUACGGUGUCACUUUCCACGUCCAUCCGAACGUAAACGCAUCAAACGACAUGGUUAUAAGAAGCGAAUGUCUACUCCUGAAGGACGAAGAAUCUUAAUGAGGAAAAUACUUAAAGGUUGCUUCGUUUUAAGUCACUAAACAUCGAAAAACAUUACAACAGAUUAGAAAAUAGUACAAUUAUAGUAAAAAAGCAUUAAAAUCUAAUGAUUUUUA